CUCUCUCUCUCUCUCUCUCUCUCCGUAGAGCAUUUCUCCUUCCAUGGCUGAGUGUCGUACGUUCAUCAGAGCUGGAGAGAAAAUAUCACAGACAGUACUCCGAAACUGAAAGAUGCCUUUUCCUUCUCUUCUUCUUCUUCUUCUACCUCUCUCUCUUUCAGGUAUUGCUUUCUGAAGAAGGAGCAACCCUUUCAGGUUCUCGUAGGUAAGAGCUGAGUUGGGUUUCUGUUUAAUGAGCUUUUAGGUGCAUUUACUCUCUUGCUGCUGCGAUUGAGAGGAUUUCGAGGAAUUGCAAAAUUUUCCCUUCUAUAGGAGAGUAGUUGGUGAGAGAAGGGGUGCUGGGUUCUUGUCGACCUUGAAUUCCAAGAGCGAUUGAAGUCGCUCCAUCCAAGUUGCAGUACUCCCAAAAUCCAAACUUGAAAGCUGUUUACGAGAUUACUCUGUGCAAACCGCCCCCCCUCAAAAUCUUUCUUCAUUAAUAGAGUCAGCUGCAAUAUGUCCAUGGCAGCAACAAGGUUGUUGAGUUAUCACGCUCACAUGUUCCUCGUCGUCAUCCUCCUUAUCCUCCAUUCAUCCUUCUCUGGCGCAAAUUACUCUGGUGACUUCAGGUCGUUAGUAGCUCUCCGGGACUCCCUUGCUGAAAGAAGAGAUGCCAUUCCUAGUUGGUUUGAUCCAGGGACCCCAUCUUGCAGCUGGGCUGGUGUAAGGUGUGUGGGUCUUGAAGUUCACCAGAUAGACUUAUCAUACACGCCCCUGGGCCUUUCGAUUCCACGCUGCAUUGGUGAUUUCAGGUCUCUGAAGGUCCUUAACUUGAGCAACUGCGGACUCACUGGUUCUAUACCAGACUCCUUGUGGAACUUGCAGAAGUUGCAGUCUCUGGAUUUGAGUGAGAACCAACUGUUUGGUGCUCUACCUCCAGCAGUAUCCAACCUGAAAAUGCUCAGAGAACUCGUGCUUGAUCACAACAGCUUUUCUGGAAGCUUAACAUCCAAUAUUGGACGGCUUGGAGACCUAAUUGAGUUGUCCCUCUCUGGAAAUUCAUUCUCUGGAAGUCUUCCUUUGGAGCUGGGGAGCCUACAGAACUUGGAGUCUCUAGAUAUAAGCAUGAAUUCCUUCUCUGGGAAUUUUCCAUCUAGCUUGGGAAAUCUCACGAGUCUUUUGCACUUAGAUGCUGGUUCGAACGGGUUCACAGGAGCAAUUUGCUCUGAGAUUGGAGGUUUGAGGCGGCUUCUGUCAAUAGAUCUCUCUUCAAACAGUUUGACAGGAUAUAUACCAUCAGAAAUUGGCAGAUUGACAAGUCUAGAGUCUCUCUCCAUCGGAAGAAACAACUUCAAUGGAGGAAUUCCAGCUGAAAUUGGCAAUCUGUUAGAGCUGAAGAUAUUCGAGAUUCAGAACUGCGGACUGUCAGGGAAAAUUCCAGAUGAAAUCUCCAACCUCAGAAGCUUGACAGCCUUAGACAUAUCGGAGAACAGUCUCGAGGGGGGACUGCCUGCCAGCUUUGGUAAGCUGAGUAAUCUAACUUAUCUGAUUGCAGCCAGUGCAGGAUUGAGUGGGCCCAUACCAGAAGAAAUGGGCAACUGUAAGAAGCUAAAAGCCCUGGAUCUGUCUUUCAAUUCCUUCUCCGGUCCACUGCCUGCCGCACUUUUGGGGCUCGAAGCCAUUAGCGUGUUUAUAGUUGAUGGGAACCGUCUAUCAGGCCCAAUCCCCCCCUGGAUUUCAAACUGGAAAGGAGCGAAUUCAAUAAGGCUAAGCAAGAACUUUUUUGAAGGACGUUUGCCUCCAUUGGCACUGCAGUCCUUGAAGACGUUCUCUGUGGACUCCAACCAGCUUUCCGGCGAGAUUCCGCCAGAGAUAUGUGAUGCUGUGUCAUUGACUAUUCUUUCGCUAUCAGAGAACGAAUUUACGGGUAGCAUCCAGAACACUUUCCGGGGUUGCUCGAACCUCACUGAUUUGAUACUGGCAGGAAAUGAUUUCUAUGGCGAAAUCCCAGGCUAUUUAGGGGAGCUGCCUUUGGUUACGCUGGAAAUGUCUCAGAACAACUUCUCAGGCAGGAUUCCAGAUGAGCUCUGGGAGUCCCGGACCCUUCUCGAGAUAUCUCUGAGCAACAAUCUGCUGGUAGGUCAGAUUCCGGCUGCCAUUGGUAGGAUCUCGGCUCUACAGAGGCUGCUGCUGGACAACAAUUUUUUUGAGGGUCCCAUCCCGAAUUCCAUUGGCAACAUGAAAAACCUGACUAAUCUAUCACUCCAUGGGAACAGAUUAACAGGUGAGAUCCCAUUGGAACUCUUCGAAUGUACAAAUCUGGUGGCACUGGACCUGGGUUCGAAUGGCCUCACCGGUCUCAUCCCCAAAAGCAUAUCCCAGCUGAAGCUGCUGGAUAAUCUGGUUCUGUCAAGAAACCGGCUCUCCGGCCAGAUCCCUGGAGAGAUAUGCACUGGGUUUCAGCAGGCUGCAUUUCCAGAUUCCGAGUUCACCCAGCACUAUGGCGUGCUUGAUCUUUCAAGCAACGAGCUUGUGGGCCCAAUUCCUUCAGCUAUCAAGCAUUGUGCGGUGCUGAUCGAGCUUCGAAUGCAGGAGAACAAGCUCAAUGGCAGCCUCCCCCACGAACUUUUGAGCCUGGUGAACCUGACAUUCAUCGAUCUGUCUUCCAAUUCUCUCACAGGACCCAUCCUACCGCAGUUCUUCAAGUCAAAAAAUCUCCAAGGCCUCCUCCUCUCAAACAACCAUCUGACUGGCCAGAUACCGGACGGGCUGGAAUUGAUGAUGCCUAGUCUGGUGAAGCUUAAUCUGUCAAGCAACUGUCUCACUGGCCCCUUCCCAUCAUCCAUCUUCAACAUCAAGAGCCUGACCCACCUAGACAUUAGCCAGAACUCCCUCGCUGGGCCCAUUUCGUUUCCCUGGCGAAGUCCCACCAUCAGCUCUCUAUUAGUCCUGAAUGCCAGCAAUAACCGCUUCUCUGGUGUCCUAGCUGAAACAAUCUCCAACCUUACAUCCCUCGCCAUCCUCGACCUCCACAACAACAGCUUCACAGGCAGCUUGCCACUGUCCAUCUCGAACAUGGCUAGCCUGACAUAUCUCGACCUCUCCAGUAACAACUUCCAGGAGUCCGUACCAUGCGCUAUCUGCACCAUACUGGGCCUCACUUUCAUCAACUUCUCUGGCAACAAGUUCAAUGGCUACGUGCCUGAAACCUGCACUGCUGUGAAGCCAUGCUCUCUGGACAACGCUGUUCUCUCACCCCUACGUGCUUAUCCACCCACGUCUGCUCUAACUCGAGCCUCCAUCUGGGCGAUUGCAUUCUGCGCUCUGGUUAUCUUCCUCGGCUUACUAUUCGGUUUGAUCAGGUGGAAGCUGCUGCGGCAAGAGGCCGCUUCGGCCAUCCUUUCGCCCAAGGCCAAGCCUGCAUCCAUUGAGCCAGCCUCCACUGACGAGCUCCUAGCUAAGAAGACAAAGGAGCCACUGAGCAUCAAUGUAGCCACCUUUGAGCACGCGUUGCUGCGGCUGACACCGGCCGAUAUACUAACAGCAACUGAGAACUUCAGCAAGGCCCACAUUAUCGGUGACGGUGGAUUCGGCACCGUCUACAGGGCAUUGCUGCCAGAGGGACGGACUGUUGCUGUCAAAAGGCUCAACGAUGGCCACUUCCAAGGUGACCGUGAGUUCCUAGCAGAGAUGGAGACGAUUGGGAAGGUGAAACACCGCAACCUGGUUCCACUGCUUGGCUACUGUGUUUUUGGUGAGGAGCGGUUCCUGAUAUACGAGUACAUGGAAAAUGGCAGCCUGGACCUUUGGCUGAGGAACCGAGCUGACGCGGUCGAGACACUCAACUGGCCAGCCCGGUUCAAGAUAUGCCUGGGUGCAGCCCGUGGGCUCGCUUUCCUGCACAAUGGGUUCGUGCCACACAUCAUACACCGAGACAUGAAGUCGAGUAACAUCCUGCUGGAUCGCGGUUUCGAGCCGCGAGUGUCGGACUUUGGGCUUGCACGCAUUAUCAGUGCAUGUGAGACUCACGUGAGCACUGAUCUUGCUGGCACGUUCGGGUACAUACCGCCUGAGUAUGGGCAGACGAUGAAGGCGACUGCGAAGGGUGAUGUCUACAGCUUUGGGGUGGUGAUGUUGGAGCUGCUGACUGGGCGAGCCCCGACUGGGCAGGAUGAGGUGGAGGGGGGCAACCUGGUGGGGUGGGUGAGGUGGAUGGCUGCAGCUGGGAGGGAGUCGGAGGUGCUGGAUCCCUGCGUGUCGGGUCCUGGCCCGUGGAGAGAGCAGAUGGUGCGUGUGCUCACGGUCGCAAGGGCGUGCACGUGCGAUGAGCCAUCGAGGAGGCCUACCAUGCUGGAGGUGGUGAAGCUGUUGAAGGAUAUUAAGAUGGAAGGUUCUGGGGUGUGAUCAAAAUCAAAAUGCACACGUGUGGGGGUAGUGUGCGUGUGUGGGGGGGAUGGUUAGUAGUUAGUGGUGGUAGGCAUGUUCUCGUGCAUUGGUUUUUAUAAUAUUAGCAAGGGAAAGUAGGUUGAAGAUUACCCUGUAAAUAAGCGUGUGAAAAAGGUUAAAAAAGAGAGAAGUUGUGAUGUUUGGAUUGCAAAAACUGACUUUGAUGGACUGCUCGCUCUGUGUUCCCUAUGGGGCCCACAUGCGGAGGUGGUCCAAUUAGAGCUGUUCACGUUUCGGGUGGGGAUUUUAGAGUGGUGAACGGUAAGGGACGAUCCAGACCCUUUGAUUUAAGGAGUUGGAAUGGUUCCAUAUCGUCCAUCUGCACUGCAUCAGUGGUCGUAAGCUUCUUAUUGCGGCUGUAAAUGGUAGCGCGUGGAACAUGGGUGAUUCCCAUUGGAUAGUUAGGAUGGCCUUUGGACAUGAUAAUGGUUUAGAUAGUUUAUAGGUAGCUUAAUGGAAAGUGGAUGUUAACUCAUUAUAUUCGACUUUAAAUUAUCUCUAGGAGGAUUUAUAAGACUUAA